UAGGUUCGAGUACCUCGGCGUGCUGGACCGUCUCGUGCAGACGUCUAUGUGUUGGCGAGGCUACCUCACCAUGACCCAGGCACGUCAUGGCGGAUUACUCUUCUGACCCGUCUGUACCGUCUGUACCAGCAAGUGGUAAUUUGGAUUGCAGCUCUGGCCUUCCCGCUCUGACCGAUUUUCCAGCUAUCCUGAUUCGAAGUGUUUGCGAGACCAUGGUCCCGAAGCUCGUAGCUGAAGACAUCCCGCUGCUCUUCUCGCUUGUCUCGGACGUCUUCCCAGGCAUUGAGUACAACAGAGCGCAGAUGACGACGCUCAAGAAACUCAUUCGCAGCCCAUUAAUAAUCAUUGCGGUUACAGACUUCUACAACAAUUGCGUCAAGGUGCGUUGCAACAGUCUAAACAAUUAG